UUAUGUUAUGGUCGAUUACUUAUACAAAUUUAUGUUGAUGUCAAAUAUUUUAAGGAUCUCGAAGUGUUGAUAAUUGGUGCCGGGAUUAGUGGGUUGGGUGCAGCUCGUCAGUUGCGUUCAUUUGGUGCGAAUGUCAAAAUACUCGAAGCAAAAAGUAAAAUUGGCGGUCGUCUUGUGGAUGAUUGGUCAUUGGGCGUUGCCGUUGGGUGUGGUGCACAGUUGAUCACUGGAAUUAUGAACAAUCCGAUUGUGUUGAUGUGUGAACAGGUAAUUGCUGAUUUGCCGUCACUUUUUCAUUCUUUUCAGCUGAACCGUUUAAAACCUUAA